CCGAAGGGAAAGAAACCGCUGGUGUUGCGUUAUCCCCCGAAGGGGAAGAAACCGCAAAGAAAGCGUUAUCUCCAGAAGGAGAAGAAACCGCUUGAACAACGUUAUCCCCCGAAGGGAAAGAAACCGUUGUGGGUGCGUUAUCCUCAAGAGAGGAAGAAACCGCAAAGAAAGCGUUAUCUCCAAAAGGAGAAGAAACCGCUUGAACAACGUUAUCCCCCGAAGGGAAAGAAACCGUUGUGGGUGCGUUAUCCCCAAAAGGGGAAGAAACCGCAAAGAAAGCGUUAUCUCCGAAAGGAGAAGAAACCGCUUGAACAACGUUAUCCCCCGAAGGGAAAGAAACCGUUGUGGAAAGCGUUAUCUCCAGAAGGAGAAGAAACCGCUUCAACAACGUUAUCCCCCGAAGGGAAAGAAACCGUUGUGUAUGCGUUAUCCCCCGAA